AUGCAUGUUUCUUCUUACAGGUGUGUUGUCUGUGAAGGCGCUGCAAUGGUAAUAGCAGUUCACAGCCAAACUACUGUAGUUCCUGCAUGUCCAGAAGGCUGGAUAUCCCUCUGGAAGGGCUUUUCUUUUGUUAUGUACACAAGUGCCGGCUCAGAAGCUUCUGGCCAAGCAUUGGCAUCUCCUGGAUCUUGCCUGGAAGAAUUUCGAGCCAUCCCAUUCAUAGAGUGCCAUGGCAGGGGGACGUGCAACUACUACACCAAUUCCUACAGCUUCUGGUUGGCAUCGUUAAAUCCAAGAAGAAUGUUCAGGAAACCUCUGCCACAGACUCUGAAAGCAGGAGAACUGGAAAAUAUCAUCAGCCGUUGUCAGGUCUGCAUGAAGAGAGCAGUCUGA